AUGCCAUCGGAGGAUGCGAAAGCUAUGAAGAAAGAUGAAGCUGAGGAAGACAAUAAGAGCUUGAGUUCCCUUGUUAGAAAGAAACCCACGAACGCCAACAAUGGUGGUUCGUCUACGACAGCUUCGAGGAAAUUGAAGAAAGAGAACGAGCAGGACGACGAUGAUAGCAAACCCAUCAAUUCAUCUUUAUCUGGGUCUCGCUCAAAGCAAGUGAAGAAGAAGGAGAUUGUUGAAGACGAUGAUGAGAAACCAAUUUCCAAGAGAAAUUCCUCUGUUGGAGUCUCAAAGAGAGAUUCACUUAGGAUUUUCUACGAGUCACUUUACAAGCAAGUUCCCACUAGCGAAAUGGCUCAGAUUUGGUUGAUGGAGUCUGGAUUGCUUCCAGCUGAAAAAGCAAAGAAAGUUCUUGAGAAGAAACUGCAAAAGAGUGGAAAGUUCAGUUCUCCAGCRAAAUCUGCAGCUUCUACUCCAAGAACCAGUUCCAAAUCAGUGGCCGCGAAGAAGGAAGUAAAACCAUCAUCUGGAUCUUUGUCUGCCAAAAAGAAGGUAAAUGAUUCGAAACCAACCGCGAAGAAGCGGAAGAAGGAUUCUGAUGAAGAAGAUGGUGACUCAGAUGAUGAUUUCUUGGUUAGCAGAAUUGCUAAGAAACCCAGAGCCAAGUAG